GAUCAGCUAUAAGACGGCCUACAGGAGAGGUGUGAGGACCAUGUACAGGCGGCGCUCUCAGUGCUGCCCGGGCUUCUAUGAAAGCGGAGACCUGUGUGUCCCGUUGUGUACUGAAGAGUGUGCCCACGGACGCUGUGUCUCUCCUGAUACCUGCCAGUGUGAGCCGGGCUGGGGAGGACUGGACUGCUCCAGCGGCUGUGAGAGUGACUUCUGGGGGCCCCACUGCACCAACCGCUGUCAGUGCCGCAACGGGGCCAAAUGUAACCCGAUCACCGGAGCCUGCGUCUGCACCGACGGCUACCAGGGCUGGCGCUGCGAGGAGCCCUGUGACCCCAGCUUCUACGGCAAGGACUGCCUGUUGGAGUGCCAGUGCCUCAACGGCGCCACCUGUCACCAUCAGACUGGCGAGUGCCUCUGUGCGCCCGGAUACACCGGGGCCUUCUGUGAGGAGCCUUGUCCUCCAGGUAAACACGGCUCCCUGUGUGAACAGCGCUGUCCCUGUCAGAACGGAGGGACGUGCCAUCACGUCACCGGAGAGUGCUCCUGUCCCGCCGGCUGGGUGGGCCCAGUCUGCGCGCAGCCGUGUCCGUUCGGAUCGUUCGGCAUCAAUUGCUCCCAGGAGUGCACGUGUCGUAACGGAGGCCUAUGUGACCACAUCAGCGGUCAGUGCCAGUGCACAGCUGGAUACAUCGGAGAGAGAUGCCAGGAUGAAUGCCCAGUCGGUACUUAUGGGCCACAGUGUGCCCACAAGUGUGACUGCCAGAACGGGGCCAAGUGCUACCACAUCAACGGGGCCUGCCUGUGCAACGAGGGCUUUAAGGGCCCCAGCUGCCAGGACCGCUUCUGUCCCACGGGCCUGUACGGACUCAUCUGCGAUAAAUACUGUCCCUGCAAAGCUGAAAACACGCUCAGCUGUCAUCCUCUGUCAGGUGAGUGCACCUGUGCGGCCGGGUGGACGGGGCUGUACUGCAACGAGACCUGUCCGGCAGGUUACUAUGGCGAGGGCUGCAGAGAGAUGUGUGUCUGUGCUAACGGAGCCGACUGCGACGGCACCACGGGAGCUUGUUUGUGUGCACCGGGAUAUAUAGGUGACGACUGCUCCAUCAGCUGUCCUGCAGGUCUCUACGGGACCAACUGCACCUCGUCGUGCUCCUGCCAGAACGAGAUCUCCUGCUCGCACAUCGACGGCUCCUGCAUCUGCAAAGAAGGCUGGCAGGGCGUGGACUGCUCUAUCCCAUGCUCCAGCGGCACUUGGGGGCUGAGCUGCAAUCAGACGUGUCAGUGCGCCAACGGGGCGGCCUGCGACCCCGUCAAUGGGACCUGCACCUGCUCCCCGGGCUGGAGGGACGAGUACUGCGACGUGCCGUGUCCUGAGGGAUCAUAUGGGCUGGACUGCAGGGAGAGAUGUGACUGUGUGAACUCUGAUGGCUGUGAUCCAGUGACCGGCUUCUGUCGCUGCCUGGCAGGUUGGACAGGCAUCCAUUGCAACAGUGUGUGUGAGGAGGGACGCUGGGGACCCAACUGCUCCUACAGCUGCACCUGUGAGAACGGAGGCUCCUGCUCCCCAGAGGACGGCACCUGUGUGUGCGCUCCCGGCUACCGCGGCACCAACUGCAGACGAACCUGUUCGCCUGGUUUCUACGGCCACCGUUGCAGCCAGUCGUGUCCUCAGUGUGUCCACAGUGACGGGGCGUGCCACCAUGUCACCGGCCACUGUGAAUGUCUCUCUGGCUUCUUCGGCUCCCUGUGCAACCAAGUGUGUCCCAGUGGAAAGUACGGUAAGGCCUGUGCCGAGACGUGUCUGUGCACCAACAACGGCACUUGUAAUCCCAUCGACGGCUCCUGUCAGUGCUACCCCGGGUGGAUCGGCGAGGACUGCUCCAAACCAUGUCCUCAGGGCUCAUGGGGCCCAGACUGCAUCCACACGUGUAAUUGUCACAACGGAGCCCAGUGCAGCGCCACAGACGGAGAGUGUAACUGCAGCCCUGGAUGGACGGGGCUCUACUGUACCCAGCGCUGUCCUACGGGUUUCUACGGCUCUCAGUGCACCGAGGUGUGUCGCUGUCAGAACGGGGCGGACUGCGACCACAUCACCGGACAGUGUUCGUGCAGGACGGGCUUCAUAGGACAGAGCUGUGAGCUCAAGUGUCCCGCCGGGACGUUCGGCUACGGCUGCCAGCAGCUGUGUGAGUGUAUGAACAACGCCACCUGCGACUACGUGACGGGAACCUGCUACUGCAGCAUCGGCUUCAAAGGCAUCCGCUGCGACCAGGCGGCUCUGAUGAUGGAGGAACUGAACCCUUACACUAAGAUCAGCCCGGCGCUGGCGUCGGAGCGGCAGUCGGCCGGCGCCGUCCUCGGCAUCAUCUUCCUGCUGCUGCUCAUCAUGGCCAUGCUCGGCCUGGUGGUCUGGUUCCGGUAUCGGCAGAGAGAGAAGGGCCAUCACGUGCCCAACGUCACCUACACACCGGCCCUGCACAUCAACUCCACAGACUACUCCCUCUCAGGUAAGACCAGCAAAUCCUCACAUUUGAGCACAGGGCUGCAGUGCACAGGCCUGCUCUCCUCUGCAGAUUCCUCUCCCAGUAACAGCUCCGUAGGCCGCUGCUUCUCCAACCCGAGCUACCGCACUCUGGGGCCGUGCACCUACGCCGCACACUACGCCAAGCCGGACAAGAGGGCCUCCGCCAAGGUGAAGACAAAGAAGCGACACAGGAACAGUGCUCCAGAGUGGGGCGCCUACUGUAACCUCAGCGACCUGGGUGUUUACUGCAUUGAUCGGCGUUACAGCUACCACCUGGAGCCGCGCUACAGAGACUAUAUGAAGGGCUCCCUGUCCAGCACCUGCUCCCUCAACAGUGAAAACCCCUACGCCACCAUCAACGACCCCCCGGGCCUGUGCAAGCACUCGGAGAGCAGCUACGUGGAGAUGAAAUCGCCAGGUCACCAUGAUCACAUGACCCACUGCUGCUCCGCCGCCAUCAUCACCACGACCACCACCACAACCACAGCACCCGCCAAGAACGUGUACGACAUGGAGCCGACCAUCAGCAUCGUCCAGGGAACUGGAGGUGUGGUGGUUCCCAGUUACCCUCAGAACCCGUACGACCUGCCCAGGAACAGCCACAUCCCCAGCCACUACGACCUGCUGCCCGUGCGCCCCAGCCCCUCCCACAACCACAGCCUCACCCUGCACAGCCACAGCCCCCCGCUGCCUGGCAGCCCCACCAGCUCGCUCCUCUAG